CGUGUGGUGUUUUUAAAGAUAUUGCCAUGUGACGCUGUUGGCAGGAGACUGUAGUUGUAUAUUUAAGCGAGCGUGUAUUACGAUAUCGUAUUCGUAUAUUCGCACGAUGGAGUUCCCUCGCAUGAACGCCGUGUCGGCAUCCUUCUCGCUGUUCUCCGGCGAGGAAAUAAAGAAGCUGAGUGUGGUGAGGAUCUCGACGCCGCUGGUCUUCAACGUCCUCGGCCACCCGCUCCCGGGCGGGCUGUACGACCCGUCGCUAGGGCCCAUGUCGGAGAGGAGCGACCCCUGCAAGACGUGCCACAGGAACUACACGCUGUGCCCGGGCCACUUCGGCUACAUCGAGCUGCCCCUGCCGGUGGUGAACCCCAUGUACUACAAGCACGUCUACACGCUGCUGCGCAUGCUGUGUCUCUCCUGCCGCGCCUUCCAGGUGCCAGAGUACCUGCGGCACCUGCUGAGCACCCAGCUGGAGCUGCUGGACGCUGGCCUCUUGUCCGAGGCCCAGGACGCGGAGCUGGUGGUGGCAGAGGCGGUGGCGUCCUGCAAGCAGCCCUCCGCCCUCCACGAGGAGGCCUUCGGCAUCGCAGUCCGCGAGCGGCUGGACGCGUACCGCCGGGAGGUGCUGGGCGGUGCCCCUGACGACGACCAGACGUGCGCGCAGACCAAGAACACGGAGUACAUGCGCAACAGGCUGAUGGAAGCGGUGUGGAAACUCGUCGCCGAGGUGAAGAAGUGUUGGAAGUGCAAGAAGCACAUCAAGAAGAUCACCAGCUUCCAGAACAGGCUCCUCAUUUCCGUGACGAAAGUGGAGACCUCGAGCAAGUUUCAGACUUCGAGCAAAGAUCCGAUCAUGCAGUCGGCCAAGUCCAAGUCCGAGAUAACAAUGAUAAUGCCGACCGAGCAAAGGGAGUAUCUCCGCAAGAUGUGGGAGGCGAACGCAGACUUCGUCGCCUGUCUGUUCCCGGUGCUGAAGAAGUGCAGCUACGAACACCCCACGGACCUGUUCUUCCUGGACAUCGUGCCAGUGAUACCACCGCGCAUGAGGCCGGUGAACUUCGUGGACGGACGCCUGGUGGAGCACCCCCAGAACGAGGUGUACAAGCACAUCCUGGAGGAGAGCAUGGUGCUGCGCAACGCCACCAAGGCGGAGCAAGCGGGGCGCGUGGACGGCCUGUCGGAGGAGGGCAAGACGGCCGUGGAGCAGGCGAGGGGGGCGACCUUCCUGGAGAAGGUGCACUUCGUGUGGCAGCAGAUCCAGGCGCACGUGGACCACCUGUUGGACGCCGGCUUCAGCCCCGCCGUCAGCAGCGGCAAGAACAUCAGCGGCCUCAAGCAGUUGAUGGAGAAGAAGGAGGGGCUGAUACGCAUGCACAUGAUGGGCAAGCGCGUCAACUACGCGGCGCGGUCCGUCAUCACCCCCGACCCGUACCUGAACAUCGAUGAGGUGGGCGUGCCUGAGGUGUUUGCCUCGGUGCUGACGUACCCCACCCGCGUCACCACGUGGAACGUGAAGGAGCUCCGGCAGAUGAUCAUCAACGGACCCAAGAUAUACCCCGGGGCCGUGAUGGUGGAGUUGAGUGGCGGCCGCAAGGUGCUUCUGAAGCAUGACGAUGAGAUGCAGCGUAGCAGUUACGCUAAACGUCUUCUAACACAAGACGAAAGCAACGCCAACAACAUCAAAGUGGUGCACAGGCACUUGCUGAGCGGAGACGUGCUGCUGCUGAACCGCCAGCCGACGCUGCACAAGCCCAGCAUCAUGGCGCACACGGCGCGCAUCCUGCCGGGGGAGAAGACCCUGCGCCUGCACUACGCCAACUGCAAGGCCUACAACGCAGACUUCGACGGCGACGAGAUGAACGCGCACUUCGCCCAGAGCGAGCUGGGGCGCAGCGAGGCCUACAACCUGCUGAGCGUGAACAACCAGUACGCGGUCCCGAAAGACGGCACGCCUCUCAGUGGCCUCAUGCAGGACCACGUCAUCUCCGGAGUGCAGAUAUCGCUCCGGGGUCGCUUCUUCACCAGGGAGGACUACCAGCAGUUCGUGUUUGUGAGCCUGGCCAACAAGCGCGGCCACAUACGCCUGCUGCCCCCGGCCAUCCUGAAGCCGCGGCAGCUGUGGUCCGGCAAGCAGAUACUGUCCACCAUCAUCAUCAACUCCAUCCCCAAGGGCAAGCAUCCCAUCAACCUGGCGGGCGUCGCCAAGAUAGCCAGCAAGGCGUGGGAGGUGAGGAAGCCUCGGAGGUGGAAGGCGGGGGGCACCCCGUUCCCCGACGCCAGCACCAUGAGCGAGGCGGAGGUGGUGGUGCGGAGGGGGGAGCUGCUGUGCGGGGUGCUCGACAAGGCCCACUACGGGGCGACCCCGUACGGACUGGUGCACUGCAUGUACGAGCUGUACGGCGGUGCGUGUUCUGGUCGCAUACUGAGCUCCUUCUCCAAGCUGUUCACGAGCUUCCUGCAGAGACGAGGCUUCACCCUCGGGAUCGAAGACAUCCUCAUUCUGGACGGGGCAGAGCGGGAACGCACUGCCGUCAUAGAGGAAGCCAGGAAGGUCGGACCGGAAGUCGUGAUGUCGGUGCUGAGCCUGGAGGAGGGGGACGAGGGGAAGGUGGAGGCAGAGCUGGAGAAGCUGUAUCGAACGGGCGUCAAAGGGCGAGCGGUGAUCGACCGGGCGUACAAGACAACCCUGGACACAGUCACAGACAAGAUAAACAAGGCGUGCCUCCCCGCCGGCCUGCUCCGCCAGUUCCCCGCCAACAACCUGCAGCUGAUGAUCGAGUCGGGGGCCAAGGGCUCCAAGGUGAACGCCAUGCAGAUCUCCUGCCUGCUGGGGCAGAUCGAGCUGGAGGGCAAGCGGCCGCCGCUCAUGAAGUCCUGCAAGUCCCUGCCGAGCUUCGCCAGGCUCGACACCACGCCCCGCGCGGGGGGCUUCAUCGACGGUCGCUUCCUCACCGGCAUUCAGCCGCAGGAGUUCUUCUUCCACUGCAUGGCCGGGCGGGAGGGCCUGAUAGACACGGCGGUGAAGACCAGCCGCAGCGGCUACCUGCAGCGCUGCCUCAUCAAGCACCUGGAGGGGGUGACGGUGCAGUACGACCAGACCGUCAGAGACAGCGACGGCAGCGUCAUACAGUUCUGCUACGGGGAGGACGGCAGAGACGUGCUCAGGGCUCAGUUCCUGAAGCUGCAGCACAUGCCGUUCCUCGCCGAGAACUGCCAGGCCAUCUUGGAGAGCGAGAAGGAGAUGACCAAGCUGCUGGACGAUGAGGACAUGGAGGCCGUUCAGAAGCAACGCAGAGCUAUUCACAAGUGGAUGAAAAAGAACGGGAGUGUUCUGCAAAAAAGGCUGCCUAGGCCCUUCACGAGAUUCUCUCGAGAAGUCGACCCGUCCACGGUUACCAACUCUCCGGACAAACUGCUGAAGAAGCAGGGGAGAGUGAGAUCGGCCCACAAGCUGUGCAAAAUGUGGUCCAGCGAAGACGCGGAAACUCGGGCCAGGCGGCAGCGGUGCGAGGGGAGGUGGGGGCGGUGCCCGGACCCCGUGGCGGCGGCGGUGAGUCCCGCCCGCACCCUGGGGGCCGUCACGGAGCAGCUGGAGCAGGUGAUGGCGCAGUACCGCGGCGGCAAGCUGGCGAGCGGCAGGGACCCCUUCCAGGACAUGGUGUACCUCAAGUCCCUGACCUCGCUGGCGGUCCCGGGCGAGCCAGUCGGCCUGCUGGCGGCGCAGUCGAUCGGGGAGCCGUCCACGCAGAUGACCCUCAACACGUUCCACUUCGCGGGGCGCGGGGACAUGAACGUGACGCUGGGCAUCCCCCGGCUGCGGGAGAUACUCAUGAUCGCCUCCAAGAACAUCAAGACUCCGAGCAUGGAGAUCCCGUUCAGGACGGACGUGCGGCGCCUGGGGCGGGAGGCGGAGAGGCUCCGGCGCCGGCUGACGCGCGUCACCGUGUCGAGCGUGCUGGAGCACAUCACCGUCACCGACUGCAUCUCGCUGCAUCCGUCCAGGCGGAGGGUUUACGUAGUGAGGCUGCAGUUCCUGCCGUGGUCCUGCUACAGGACGGACUACUGCGUGAAGCCGUCGCACAUACUGCACCACGUCGAGAAGAAGCUGGUCACCAGGAUCCUCACUGAGAUGAAGAAGAGGCUGAAGUUCCACGGAGGGCUACUGCACUCGGAGAACGAGGGCCAGAGGAAGAAGCGGAACGAAGACGAGGACGAAGGAGGGGAGGGGGAGGCUGUGGAGACGGAGGCGAGUCUGGAGAGAAUGAAGAGGUCCAGCAGACACGAUGAUGAGGACAGCUCCGAAGAAGAGUUUGAGGGGGAGGAGGCAGACGCGACGGAGGCUCGCACCCACGCCAAGCACUCGGAGGAGCAGGAGUACGACGAUCCCGGGGACAGCGACCGGGACGAGGAGGAGGAGGAAGGUUCGGCAGAUGAAGAGAAAGAAGCUGGUAAACUUGACAACACUGUUCCUGAUCCUCAGUCCAGAGACAGUGGAGAGGAUGAUAGUGAUGAGGAAGACGAGGACAAAGUUCCUUUGGUUGAAGAACAUUCUGGAAAAGUGCGGAGAAGUCACGUGGUUGGAAUUCAUACAUUUGUGGAAGAUUACGAGUAUGACAAAGAAAAUGAACUGUGGUGUGAAAUAACAUUUGGGCUGCCGCUGAUGAAGAAGAAGCUGGACAUGUCGACGCUGCUGAGGAACGUGGUCGAGAAGUCUGUGGUGUGGGAGGUGGCGGACAUCAGGCGGGCCUUCACGUUCGUCAGCCCGGACACCGGCCUGCUGACCCUCAAGACGGAGGGCAUCAACAUCCACGAAAUGUUCAAGUUCCGACAUCUCCUGGACCUGGACAAGCUGUACACGAACGACAUCUACGGCAUGUCCCAAACGUACGGCAUCGAAGCGGCAAGAAGGGUCAUAAUCAAGGAGGUGCAGGACGUGUUCAGGAUGUACGGCAUCACGGUGGACCCCCGCCACCUGCUGCUGGUGGCCGACUACAUGACCUCCGGGGGCCAGUUCGACCCGUUCAGCCGCAAGGGGCUGGACCUGAACGUGUCCCCGCUGCAGAAGAUGUCCUUCGAGGCGUCGCUCGGCUUCCUCCGCACCGCCACCCUGCAAGGCAAGACGGACGUGCUGAAGUCUCCGUCCAGCCGCAUCAUGGUGGGACAGCCGUGCCUCAGUGGGACUGCCGUGUGCUCCGUCUUCCAGAAGCUGGUCGUUACGUAGUGCCCGUGACGUGGCCGUGUAUAUUCCUGUACAGUGCAGCCACAUCUGUCAAUAAACUGUACUUUAUUGAUCAA